GCGUCGUGCAAAUCGUAUCGAAAGGAAAACGGAACAACAAAAAUACCCAAAAAAACAAAAACCAGUAAACGGAAAACAGAAAACAGAAAACAGAAGAGCGGAAAGCAGCGAGUCAGAAUCGGAAGCGGAAAGUGUAGUCUUUUCCAGUGCCAAGUUUGAAGUGAGUCAAACCGCAGUGCUAAAUGAAUCGCGAUUGGGGAAAUGUGAAGAGUCGUGGACUCUAAGAGUGCUACUACGUGUACAGAGACUCCGCAAUAAAAAAAACAUAAAUUGGCGAUGCCGCCGAAGCGUCGGAGAAGAUUCCAAGGCCUAUAUUACCAUUCAUCGCCACCCAAAGUGAUGCCGAUGAACGGACAGACAGGCGGCCUGAAUGGAAGCAAGCGUCGCAACAACGAUGAUUUCUCGGUAAAGCUAUCCACCAUUCGUAUCUGGAUGCACGAAAAGGACAUUGGCAAACUGACACGCAUUCUGUGGGCGGGCCAAGGACAUCGCUUGUGCCAGCAGGCCAGCAAUAAUGGGCGUGUCAAGCGUUUCCUUGCCGCCGUGCCACAUGUCAUGAAUGCCAUUAAGGAUCUGCAUCAGGCGGUGAUCGACAACAAUUUGGAAACGGUGCAGGCGCAACUGGAGCCUCCCGUGCCCGCUGCCUUGGUGACCUGCAAGGACGGCAAUGGACUGAAUGUCAUCCACAAGGCCGCCGGCUUGGGCCACACCAAGAUCCUGGAGUAUCUGGUCGGUCUCUGGCCGGAGGGCGCCCACGAGAUGGACAUCACCGGCAAGACGCCGCUCCAUUGGGCAGCCAGUGCCAAAAACAACAUGCGCUGCUAUACCCUGCUCACCCAGGCGGGUUGUGACGAGGAGGCCCUCGACUAUAAAAUGAAGACAGCCUCGUACUACCGCCACAAGCCGCACGAAAUCGGGCGGGCUUUCCUCGUCUAUGUCCCGGAGGCACCGCGCGUCUCCCCAGAGAGCAUCACUGACUGGGAGGCCUUGAGCAAUGAGAGUGGCGAGAAUGGUGCCGGAGGCGAUGCGGGCCUCCGCAAGAAAUUGGACAUUAAAAUGACACCGGCUGUGAAUGGACGUAAAUCGCUGGACGACAGCAUCGAGAACACUUCGGAGCUGGACACAAACGAUGGUACAAGUGGCAAUGAUGACGAAGAGGAUUUGUCCAAAGCGGAUUUGGAUGCGGAUGUAGAUCAGGCACCGGUUCCGCCGGAAGUAUCGCCAUUGCAGCGCAGACCGGAAACGCCGGCCACAUUCAACAAUGGCCCCAUUAAUGGCGAUAUCGAAGGCGACACCGAAGACAGUGAGGCGGAGAAUAUUGCAAGAGCUAUAAGCGGCGGUAAAGAAGGAGAAGAUGGCCAGGGUGGAGAGGAGGAUCAAGAAAAACAGGAGGAACCGAAGGAACAGGAGUCUGCUGCAAGCGAGGAAUUGCAUGAUGAGCAGGAAAACCACGAUGAAAAUGUCGCAGAGAGUAAUGAUGUGGAACAGAAGGAGGAGGAGCAGCCUGCCACAGAGAGUGAGCCAGAAGUUAACGAAAAGACUGAAGAGGCGGAGCCAGAGAUGGAAGCUGAAGAGGAAGUGCCAGAGGCGGCAGUUGAAGAGGAAAAGAUUACCAAGUUGCCAGAGGCGGCAGUUGAAGAGGAAAAGAUCACCAAGUUGGAGGAGCCAGUGGAACCAGUGGCUGAGGAGAAGGAGAUACAGGAUCAGGAUAAUGUAGAGAAUGAUGAGAACGAUGACGAUGAUGAGGAUGUGAUAGCGCCAGUUACAAAGGACAGCCAGCCCCUGGAGGAGUCGCAGUCGAUAGGAGGAGAACCACCAACUGAACCGGAAACGGGACCUGAUAAGGAUGGCAGCGAAUCCCUGACAUCGGCCAUGGCCAUCGAGGGCUUUGUGCAGGGCGCACCCGAGGAUUAUACAGUUCAGUCUCAAACUGCAAUUGAUGAAGAGGCACGCAUGAAGCAGAUCAUCGAAUCGGGGGACCUUGAGCAGCUGGCCGAGAUCGUGCUGAAUGGCGAGGGCGCUAGUCUGUUGAAUCUCAAGUCCAAGGAGGCGGAAAUACAAGCCUUUCUCAACAACGUGCCCAGCUACAUGGAGAAAAUCCAUCGCGUGCACGAUGCGGCUCGUGACGGCAGUUUGCUGGCGCUGCAGCAGGCCCUAGAUCGCCGGAAGUUUGCCAUUGCAAAGGACGACAUAUCCCCCAAUGGCUCCACGGCCCUGCACGUGGCCGUGCUCUUUGGACACACGGACAUCGUUCGGUAUUUGGCUUCGCGUUUUCCGGAGACCAUGACAAUUACGGAUAAUGACGGACGCACGCCGCUUCACUAUGCAGCCACGAUUAAGGACAAUGGCCAUUUCUACAACAUGUUAUCCCAGCUGGGCGGCAAUUCCAAGGCACUGGACAAGCUGGGCCACACGGCCGAGUUCUAUUUGGACAAGGAGAAGGCGAAGGAUAUCCUCAACUACACCGAGCUGCUCAAUCUCUUUGGGGCCGAGGAGCUCGAGAAUCAGUUGCUCAACGAUCAAGGUCAGGCGCAGUCCAUGAGCUUUCAGGCCAAUCCCAUCUUCAAGACGGAACAGGGAAAAUAUCUGGCAGACUCUCUGGCCGAUCCCCUGAUCAGGGCUCUCACCGAGAUCGCUAACAAACGGCCCAAGGAUCCCGUGGCCUAUCUCACCGGCUAUCUGCAGCACUUCAUGGGCGAACGGAAGCCCAUCACCGAAGUGGAAGUCCACACGGGCACUUCCACCUCCAAUGCCAUGGUCAAAUCUAAUCCGAUGCUGGUUGGCAGUCGCAAUGGCAUCGGCAAUGCAGAUCUCAUCGAGCUAGAUGCCCGAUCGCUGGCCGAAGAGGAGGAUAUUCUGACCGUCCAGCAUAUGGAGGAACGGGACGAGCAUGGCCAGAGCAUGUUGCACUUUGCCUGCGCCCGAUCCCAUCGCCGCGGCGCACUGUACACCCUCAUCGAGGAGUCUGGCAUCGAUAUCAGCUACCGGGAUGAGCUAUAUCGCACCGCUCGCGAUGUCUCCCUUCAGGCCAAUCAGCCCAACAAUGCGGCAGAGAUCGAUCGCUAUAUCCUGGCCCAGGCUGCCAUCGGCCAAGUCGAACCCUUUGAUCAACUGGCAUUGCAGGGCUACGAUCACAUCCUGGACAUUGAGGAUGAGAACGGUCAGUCCAUUGGGGAUGUGGUUGCCACCCGACAGCACGAAGCCCUGGGCGAGUUCUUGGAAAAACUGCGAGGACUGGAGGAGACCCGCGAGGAGCUCCACCAAAUGAUCAGGGAGAACAAUAUGGAGAGAGUGAGGGAGCUAACCUCCGUCUCCAAUGCCAAGUGGUUGAUUAAAACCAAGAACUACUACGGUCGAACCGCCCUGCACAUAGCAGUGCUGAAGGAGUCCGAGGAAAUGGUUCAGCACUUGGUGAAACUCUGUCCCGAGGCACUGAAGAUCACAGAUAAUCUGGAACGCACUGUUCUGCACUAUGCCAUGGGCACCAACUCACUGGAGAGCGUCAGUCGGAUACUGAUUCAGAACGGGGCCAAGCGCACCACCAAAGACCUGAAGGGCCGGCAGCCAAGUUAUUAUUUCAUCAACAAAGCGGACAUACUGCGACUUCAGGAAGAGGAGGAGGAGAGUCGCUAAAGAUCGUUCUCUGGUUGCAACUCGAGUCAAGCAAUAUGCAUAGAAUACUGUAAGCGUUAUAGUGCAAUAAAAGAAAUAUACUCG